GCAAGGCGAGACUCGGGGGAAGAGCUUUCGUGUCAUGAGCACGCGUAUAAUCGCUGAAGAAGAAAAAAGGGUAUCAUGGACAAGGGACUGAGGGGUAAAUUACCAAGGAUAGGCACUCCAAUAAAUACCUACCGGCGUCUGGCUGUUGUUCGAGGCUUGCGAUUCUAUAUAAUCGAUCUGUUGCUUGCAAAAACUAAAUCCUUCAAGCUGACCUGCGUCACACGACCUUUUGAAUCAGCUGAGUAUUUUGCUGUUAAGUAUCGACUGUUCAAUCAGCCUUUUUCUCUUGCGCCUACGAUCGGCUACGCCCUCAUCCAGCGACUUAUACCCUCACUUUGUACAAGAGUCGACCUUACGGGCUUCAUCUAACGAUUCAGCGACAAAACUACACGUUUCUGAAUACAAUAAACAGAGUAAAAACGCCGUCAAGAUGACUUCCCGACCUAUGAAGCACAUCGAUCGCGAGGAUCUCUACACGAACCUCGAAGCCCGUGUUCAGUAUCUUCACUCAUUCCUCGACUUCUCAAGCCGUGACAUUGAAGCUCUCAUCACUGGCGCAAAAUACGUCAAGGCUCUCAUCCCCGCCGUCGUCAAUAUUGUCUACAAGAAACUCCUCCAAUACGAUAUCACAGCUCGUGCUUUCACCACCAGAAGUACCUCUUUCGAAGGCACUCUUGAUGAGAUUCCCGACGAGAACAGUCCUCAAAUCCUGCACAGGAAGAUGUUUCUGCGCGCUUACCUCAUGAAGCUGUGCUCAGAUCCCAGUAAGAUGGAGUUUUGGGAGUAUCUGGACAAGGUUGGAAUGAUGCACGUUGGCCUCGGUCGCAAGCACCCUCUUCACAUUGAAUACGUCCAUCUUGGUGUCUGUCUCGGUUUCAUCCAGGACAUCAUGACCGAAGCUAUCCUUUCGCAUCCUCGUCUACACAUUCAGCGCAAGACGGCUCUCGUCAAGGCUCUCAACAAGGUCAUAUGGAUCCAAAACGAUCUCAUGGCCAAAUGGCAUGUCAAGGACGGUGCCGAAUUCGAGACAGGCGACUCUGAUAUCGAGAUUGAGCGCGAGGGCUACUUGCAUGGAAAGCGCAUCAUUGGCGAGGGCAGUGGCUCAGGAACUGAGGACGAUGCCUCAGAACAUCAUCAGAACGCCCCCUCAAGAAUUCCGCAUCCUAGUGGUAUGCCCGCUGGUGGUGUGUGUCCCUUCUCGGGGAUGGGUGCUCCAGCUGAGGAUGAGGAAAAGUAAGAGGCUAGAUCUCAGACCAUUGAGGUUGGUCUCAAGUGGAGAUGAUGAUGGACUUUCAACAAUACAUAUCCGGCGUUUGUGAUAAUAACCUAUUUUUGGGGUGGGAUUGGGACAUUCGGGGUUCAAGGAAAUCUUUUUUGUUAUAUUUCUUUAGGAUAGAGUUGAUAUCAGUUUGAGAAUCACGGAAGGAAGAAUACAACGCCUCUUAUUCACUUGAUCCUCAUAAUUUUGGCCUCGAAAACGGCUUUCUUGUAGGUUGCAGAUUCUGCAUGAGAAGCGUGCCUACUGGCAACUUCACCUUUGCACGCGGCAUUUUUUCGAGCUCACAAGAUUGUGGCCGCCGAAGCUACUUAUCAAGGAAUAUUCGUUCGCAUGAAAGUCAACAAACGGAGUUUUCAUCACUUGCGUCAUGGCGCUGGAGCUUUUGGUCCUCCUUGCAGGGGCAGUGGACCCACGAUUGUUGAAUCACGAUUGUUGGAGUCUGGACCACUCGUCACAUCAAGGUUCCUGGGCGAUUCCCAACUAGAGGCUCCGUCUGAUAUUAAUAUGAGACACGUGAUUGGUUCGUGGUGGGCUUUUGGAGCGGGGAUGACGGGCAGUUGCAGAGGUUUUUGUCAUGACGAAUCCUUGAAAUAAUGUGCCCCUCGGUGGGGUUCUUUGAGCUUUGAGCUCAAGCUUGAGAUGAUAUGAUGGACUUGAUGACGAGAAUGAAGGGAGAAGAAUGUCUGAAGAAAAAGGGAUCCCGAGAAUAAAACACUCAAUAACGCGGCUGCUUCUGUGUGUGUCAACAUCAGGAAGUUCUUGUCACUUGUAACGGCGUUACCGGGCCGGGAUGUUGAGUCGUUGUUCCAUUCUAGAGUCUAGACAGUCUCGAACCUCUUGAAAACAUAAGCCAACCUCCAAUGGUAGCUCGUUGAUAAACCGCACUGAGGCAAGACAGAGUGAGAUGCGCAUAUCGAGCGGGCGAAGCAGAGAAAAGUACCUAUGCAAGAAAACAAGGCAUCACCAUGUUCAGAAGUUCUGGUGGUGUAUGUAUAAGACUGUUGUAAAGGGGUCCACGAGCUUUUAUCGCGAACCAACCCCAAGAGCAGGUAGAAGCAGCCUGUUUUUCCAUUUAGGCAGCGGAAGAAACAAAAGAAGCAAUUUUAAAGUAAACAGAGAGAUAAUGAGGAAAUUACCACU